AUGAAGGUUCAUUUUGAAAAUUUGAUCUUGAAGGAUGCUCUUAUAGAAGAGAUAGAUUAUGUAAGGGUAGUCACUUUGAACAGACCAAAGCAAUUGAAUGCUAUCUCACCUAAUCUGGUUUUUCUGCUAGCAAAAUGCUUGGAAAAUGAGAGAAAGAUGAGAAAGCAGAGCUAA